UUGAAGUGUUUGUCGAGAUACCCGUAUUAAGAAACUUGGCGCUCUGGUCCUUUAAUGGUGCUGACAUUCUGGCUCACGUAUGCCCGAGGGAAGGCAGAACACAGGACAGCUGAGAACACCAGAGGACUGGCAGUUGGGAGCCUGAUGGAGGACAAGUAGGGCCUCGAGGACAGGUACGUGACAGAAGCACAGGGAAAAAAAGAAAAAUGAAGAAAUAAAAACACGACGUCAUCACUAAAGAGGUACCCUGGCAGCAUAAAUAUUAUGAAAAGCUAAAAACUGGAAUCAUCUGGAAAAAUAAAUAAGGCUCCUCAUGUCCUUUUCGGUCCAUAACCAGAAGGGCAGCAAAAGGCCUUUGCCACUGGAGCCUCUUCUUUUUCUCCAAGUCCCACGUAGCAAUUACCUGCACUUUCAAGAAGAGAAACAACGACUACACCUAAAGAAAUUCCUUCUUCAUAGGAUGUUUCUAGUGGCCAAGAUAAAAGCAAAUGUAGAAAGAAAAGAUGUUGCUGACUACUAUGAACAAAUGUUUCAGUCAGUUUUGAAACAUCACCUAGGAGAAGCAGUGACAGGAUUGCUGCUCAUCUAUCCCACUUCCAUUCUGCAUAUCCUCGAGUCCUCCAGCGACACUCUCUACCAAGUUCUUUUAGAUUAUAUUGGCCGUGACAAAGAUGAAACAGUAUUUUUUAUUCAACAAAUGAAAAUUAUAGUCAUUUCUCAUAACAUUCCAAUGAGGCUUUUUAUGCAAUGGCAUGUUUCAGUGAUAAAAGUUCCAGUUAUGUAUCUCGAUGAUGUGACACAGUCACAGUCCCUAAAAGAGGUCAUCACAGAUUUUCUCACACAAACUCAUAAACUGUCACUCUACAUUUGCAAGACUCUGAAAGUAGGCACUAAAGGACCAGGCGAUAACUUACACCAAGUUGCACCUGACCUACUCCUCCCAGAACAAAUCAUAAAGUACUUGUGCAAAUCCAAAGAAUUCAUGGACCCGGCAACAUUUAUAAACAUGUAUGAUAGACCCAUACACAUCACUCUGGAUUCUGAGGUGGUAUGGCCUGCUCCUUCAUGUUUCUAGGAUUCAGAGGGAUAAUGUGCCCAUGUCUCUUAAGGAGUUUGUGCUACUUAAAUAAAAAAGAAAACAUUUUUAAAGUUA